CCCCGCGGCGUGUGCGGCGCUGCCCGGGCACUGCGCCACGCCGGCAUCUCGGGGGGUCGCCGCUCUCCCGGUGAAGUGAAGGUGAAGGGGGCCGCGGAGGGCUCUCCCCGCCAUGGCCUUCACCUUCGCCGCCUUCUGCUACAUGCUGUCGCUGGUGCUCUGCGCCGCCCUCAUCUUCUUCGCCAUCUGGCAUAUAAUUGCCUUUGAUGAACUUCGGACAGACUUCAAGAGCCCAAUCGAUCAGUGCAACCCAGCCCACGCAAGAGAGCGGCUGAGAAAUAUUGAGCGGAUUUGCUUCCUCCUGCGAAAGCUGGUCUUGCCAGAGUACUCUAUCCACAGUCUUUUCUGCAUAAUGUUUUUAUGCGCUCAGGAGUGGCUCACGCUGGGGUUAAAUGUUCCUUUGCUUUUUUAUCACUUGUGGAGGUAUUUUCGUUGCCCAGCAGAUAGUUCAGAGCUAGCCUAUGAUCCACCUGCAGUCAUGAAUGCAGAUACCUUGAGUUACUGCCAAAAAGAGGCCUGGUGUAAGCUGGCUUUCUAUCUCCUUUCCUUCUUCUACUAUCUCUACUGCAUGAUCUACACUCUGGUGAGCUCUUAACUGAAAGAUCAUCGUUAAAGACUGAAAACAACAAAGACUGGAAGUGCAAGGACAAGUGAACCAAGUGAUGCAUGAUUAAAAAAGCAACGAGGAAAAAUUUGAACCCAAGCAGUUAAUAAAGUACAUGAAAGAGAGACCCAGCAAGAAGAAGCAGAUGACCAUGGGAGAAUGGCUGAGUUAAUUGUUUUUGUCUCCUGUUUCUCAGUGUAUUGCAGUAAAUGACUUUAAAAAUCCAAGCAAACAAAAAAAUGCAACAAGGGCCAAGUUACACAGCUAUUCACCUGUCCAGGGAUAAUGCUGCUUGCUUGAGUGGAUUCAUUAUAAACUGUAGUCCCUACUGUCUUCCAGGGAGCAAAGUUUCUUUUCUUAAGGACUCUUCUGGACUGAGGAAGCAGAGGACAAGAUAAUCUUACACAGAAAGAAGACCUAUACAACACAUUCUGAAAAUGAGCACUGAGUGGACUUCAGAUAAGAUAUAUGACUGUCCUGAAGGGAUAUUCACAUGAUACUAAACAAACAGGGAUGUCAAAUCUCAUAGAACUGUUUCAGUGGUUUUGUUUAGGUUUUUUUUCCACCAAAAUGAUGAUGACAAAAGAAUUUGCAGUUGCAAUAUUCUGUUUUCUGAUUAUAUGCUAUUCCUGCAGGUGAACACCCAGUAUGUUUCUGUACUUCAUUUGUGAUACGCCAGUAACAUACAGUGAUAUGUAUAAAUACAUUGGGUUUGACCUAAUCAUGCCAAGCACUUAUCAGAAUAGUGUUCCUCUGACUGGAAAAAAAAAUCCAAGGUAAAAGUUGCAUAUAUUAAGGAGGGUUGUAACAUAGGUAUUAUAUUCAUCACAAUGCUGGAUAACAAAUGCUGGACCAGCUAAUCAUAGCCUGUAAUUCUGUUUUGCAGCUUAUUUCUGCUGUAAAAUUUAAGCCAGAACAAAUACACAAAAUGUUUUUGUCUUUUAUGACAUUCAUAUUGAAAGUUGUUCAUGUUUUUAUAAUUUAAAAGUUUUUAAAUUUUAUCAUACAAGUCUGAUUUAAAUUCACAUAUAUGGGCUGUAUGUCUUUAUAUAUAUAAAUAUAUAUAUACAAAUACACAUCUACAUAAAUACAAUCUAUUUACAUUUUAGGUUAAUCCAUCAAGAUCAAAGGCAUUGAGUGUCCAGAACUGCUGCUAAAUGUAUUUCAGCACUGAACCUAGUGAACCUGGGCUCAUUCCCUCAAAGUCACUGGUGCUCUGGGUAGUAGGCAAGCCUGUAAGUUCAAGACUAACACCAGUGCAUGCACAGACAGUGCUUGGAUCUUACAUUGGGAAUGAGCUAACAGUUGGGUGUGUUGCUAACAGAGAUGUGGCAGAGAACAGUGCAGAGAGGCCCAUCUGUACCCCAGCUUGUUUACAGCUGAUCUCAUUAGCACUAGCUCACUGUUGACCCAGCCAAAUUUUGUCUGGCUACUGAGAGCCAGUAAACUGUUCCUGUAUCCAGACUCUGAGAUCUUUUUCAUCUGGGUACAGGACUUCAGCAGGAGAGACGGAGUCUCACGUUCAGCACUGCCUCUGUGCUAACAUACCCUGUUUCAGAGCAUGGUGCAGAAGCCAUGGCUGUGUGAGUCAUCCCAUGUCUGGCAGGUUCCAGACUGAGCUGGAGUUACUGUGUGUAUGCAGUGCCAAGACUCUUCCUGCUUUAAUCUGGCUACGUUAACAAAAUUAAAUCCUGUUAGCCUGCAGAGCACAGUACCUGCAUGCAAACUGUCUGCUCCUGGGCCACGCCAACUCUGGAAUCACACCUGGACGUUGCUUGGAAGAGUGCUAGCUGGUCUGAGCAAACAGUAUACCGGAUUCAUUCUAGCAGUAUUUAGAUGAUGAAGUUGUCCCAAGGGCUGACAUUCUUUAGUUCACAAGUACAGACAUAGCCAGUAGGUCUUUCUCGAUGUAGUUUAGCUUCAUACAAGUAUGUUCCCAGUUCUGUAAGCAUACAACAACGCUGACAAAUCAGAUUACUUGGAAAGCUAAUUUGGGCUCUUAUAGUUCAUAAGUUUGGAUUGCACACACUACAGAGGUGACUAAACUGCUCUUGAAAUCACACUGACCCUGCAAGCAACACAGAUGUGUUUGCUUGCAGUGAGCUUGAGCUAAGAAACUUCACUGGAUCAUUACGUAGCUAACUCAUAAAGCUCUGCUGCUGUGGUAUAAUUAAUGCACAACUCAUAAAAAAUUGAUGAUUGUAACUGAAUUUCUUCUCUACAACCUAACUAAUGCAUCUAGUUCUGCAGAAUUAUAGGAACUAGAUUCACAAGAACAAAUUACAGUGAAUAACUUCUAGAUAUCUUGCUACCUCAUAAAACUCUCAACUCUGAGUAGGUGACUGAAUCCUUCCAUGCAUCUUCUAGGAUGUAUAGGAGAUGGAAAGAAAUUAAUUCAGGUUUCCUAUAUUUCAGAUACGUGCUUUAAAGUCAGUUUCAUUAAAAGGCUUGGAAUUUUUUUGUGUGUUUGGAUGGGUGAAAGAUUGAUCACAUCUUGCCUGAAAACACACAGUUUUCAAAUCUUGAGAUUUAGGCAUGAGCUGGACUACUAGCAGGUCAGUUGUUUGCCUACAGGGCUGGAUAGAAGCUCUGUGAGUUUUUGUAACUGGCAUUGUCCUGUAAUUCUUGACUUUGCACAGGAAGCUUUUGCAUAUGUGCAUUUUCUGAAUGAACCUUCAGGUGACUUCAAGGACCUAAUGCUUGAAUGGACUUGCUAGGUCAUUUCAAACAGGUUCUCUAUUUCAGGCAACUUCAUCAAUAUACUUAUCAAACUCCACUUGGAAGCAGAACACUUAGUAUGAUCCUACUACUACUUUAAGCAAGUGUUUCCAGGAUCUCACUGCUCUGGUACUAGAAAGUUUUUCUUUAUUUCCAGAGUAAAUUUAUUCUCAGAUAAUUUAUUCCACUUGCUUUGGAGCCAACAUUAGCCUAAAUACACUUUCUCUCAUGCUGCUUAAGACUUCAAUAUACAGAGAAAGGAGUCCUUUUCAGCCUCCAUUCUGUAAGAGUGAGCUGUCUCAAGUCCUCCUGUAGAAAAGCUCUCCAUUCCCCAUAUCUUCUUUAAAGGAUUUCUCUGUUGUCUUUCCAGUCAAAUUAAUCUUUCUUAAGAGUGGAUGAUCACAGCUGGUCAGAGUAUUCUGGAGAAUAUCUUACUUCGACUAAUCCUCACUAUGAAUGGACAAUGAAAGCUAACGUUCUCAGUUCUUUCUAAUAAUCCUUAUUAAAAAAAGUAAUCACACUGCUCUCAACAGCAUUUUGUUUCUCUUCAAGAUAAAUCUUAGUUUAAAGUCGAUGGAAAAAUUGUUUAAUAUUAGGAUAUUUUCCCUUUCAUUGUAUUUAGUGAAACUUCUCCUGAGCAGAAAUAAUUUAUGAAACUGGCCAAAGCAUUAAUUGAAGGAAGUUUCAAUGCAAGUCAAGACCUUCAAAGGUGUCUGCCAGUAUGUAGAAGCUGCUAGUGCUCUGGACCUCACAGACAGCAGGGUAAGAUAUAGCCCUCAGCAUGUUCCUUGCUCUGUGUUGUUACCCAGGGGUUGCAGUAUCUUGCUAGGAACUCAUAUACAGUGAAUGUUCUUAAGAUCGGAUUUGUCAUUUUCUCUGUUAGACUUGUCAGCCAUGUUAUAAGAGAAGAAGCACAAAUAGAGGAAAGAAGAAUGAAGGAUAAAAGAAGCACAAAUAGAGGAAGGAAGAAUGAAGGAUGAAAGACAACUGUUGCUCUCUUAGUCCCUCACCAUGUAUGUGACUGAUUACAAGCUAAGUCUGCUUCAACCAGAGGAUGGUUGGGCAGUAGAACAGGCUCCCCAGGGAAGUGGUCACAGCACCAAGCCUGACAGAGCUCAAGAAGCACUUGGACAACACUAUCAGGCGCACAGUGUGAUUGUUGGGGCUGUCCUGUGCAGGGCCAGGAGCUGGACUUCGAUAAUCCUUGUGAGUUCCUUCCAACUCAGGAUAUUCUAUGAUUCUACUUUAACCAAAGCAAGGGAAGUAAACUGCAUAGUUGUUGCUGAAGAACAGAAAAAAAUGAAGUGAUCUUUGGUCACAAGGAAGUCUCUUCUCCUUGCCACACUUCUUAGGGAGAAUAAUGCAUGCUACCCCUUUUUGUCUCCAGUUCCAUCUUUUGGUUGGUGAAGGCUACAGAUUUUCUCCCCAAGCCUGCUUCCUUCCUGUCUCUUUUCUUGAAUGGGUUAAUGUCAUUACUUAGGCACAGCAGUCCUCUUCUCUUCUCUUACAUGCUCUGGUGAUACAGAUAGAUCCCAGAAAAGGCAUAAGAAAACAUGUCAUCUCCCUUUGCUCCUUCAAGCAAGUGUGCAGUGAGCACAUGCUUAAGUAAGUAUUUAUUUUCCUCAUUUGUACCAUCUGUGAAGUGAGAAAGGUGAACCUAGCUUGUGAAAUCUUUCCAUAUAUGUAGUACUCUUUUUUUUUUCCCCCGUAACUGUGGGAUCUGCUUAAAGGAAAAAGGUAGAACAUGAAAAAGUGGAAGAGGAUAAGACCUGAAUGAGCUGCUUACCCAAGGGGUAGCUAACACAUUGUGCUGGCCUGUAGCUGCCUGUUCAUGGAAGGGAUGAAAAGGCAGCCCUGUUGGCAAGGUGUUGCUCUGAGGUUCUGCCUGUCCUAUUUUUAGUCAGGUAAUUGCAGUGAUGCUGAAUAAAAUUGUUGCUGCUAUGACUGUUUCAGUUUCAAAUACAGCAAAUCAGUGCUGAUAGCAGAAUGCUUCGCCUACAAAUAAUUAGCUAUACUUAAGCUGUCAGAAAUGUUUUUCCAUCUGCUUCCUUGAGCCAUACUCUUCCUUUUGCACUAAGCCAGUGAAAGUGGAAGAGAAAGUUCUGUAACCUACACCUUCUUACAGAAACUGUUCUGGGGUUGUUAUGAUCUGGCACUGCUGCUGGGUCAUGAUUACUCAUACAUCAUUAAUAGGGGUAUUAGCAAUCUGUUGCUUUUCCUUUCUCCAUUCCAUCUCCACACAGAUAUUUUUGCUAAAAAAAACAAAUGUACAGGGCAUGAUCCAAAAUCCUUGAAUGUACUGAGCAUUUUCUUUUGUUUCUGAUACACUUCAUCUAUAAUGUCCAUUACUCUAGAGCUACAUGGGAAACAAGGUCACACUGGAAACUCUCUAGAGUUUUGCUAGUAGAAAUCCCAUCCUUUAAAUCUGGUUAUCACAUCCAUUUAACUGAAUUAUGUUAAUGGAAGAGGAACCUCCAUUUUUGAGGGAUAAGGGUAACAUUUCAAUGCUCAUGCCAAACUGUCACAGGAAGUUAUAUCAACUUGGUAAAAAUCUGGCUUCAUGGAAGUUUAUGGAAAUCAUACCUCUUCUUUUAAUGUGAGCCCCACUUACCAUUGUGCAACUUCUACCCAGAGGUCAGUUGAAAUUAAAAAAAGGAAAAACCCCAACCACAAUAAGUUUAGUUAAUCAAAAAUGUUAUUGGAUGUUAGAUAAAGCUUGGGAUGCUACAAAUAGAACAGGAGAUGAAAAAGUCAAAGCGAGAGGUGGUUUUUUUAUUAUUUGGGAAGCAACAAAUAUUAGAGUGCCAUCCUUGCUGCACUGAAUUUUACAUUGCUGAUCUCAGUCCAUAUUCCUGCUCUGGUGAAUUUUUUGAUCAUUUAUUGCUCAUGAACACAUUGCUCUGAUUUAUUUUUGUUCUACUCAGUAAUGCAGUUGUAAGUGGGAAGGAGGGAAAAUUCUCCUCUGAAAUACAAUAUUCCCCUUCUUUUCUCCCAGAUAACCUGUGAACAUGCUGUAACAAAAUUCUGAUGAUGUGUUUCAAAGGUACACCUCAACUGAAGAAUGAAACUGUUUGCUGCAGAUGAUAUUAUGAUGCAAUUUAACAAACCACAGUUUUAGAAAUAUUUUUAGGUGCUUACACACUUAAAGUAGUUAUUUUAUUGCCUCUAAUUGGUGGCCAACUUCUCAUGUAAGAGAAAAUAUACUUCUGUGGCCUGAUUCUGUGACUUUCUUUGUAGUCAAACUCUCAGUAAAACUGAGGAACACAAAGUGCAUUUUAAUUAUUUUUUUCCUAAGAAUGGCAUCCUAUAUUUGGGUAAUAUGUUAUGGAAGUGAAAGGAAGCAUUAAAAAGCUAAAAUAUCUUACUUAGUCUAAAUUUUGAUGAGAUGUUCCUCCUUUUCUUCCAUGAAUUUUUCCUAAUAUCAGUGGUCUCUUGACAGAUCUGAAGAAAUCUGCCUGUCCCACUGUUCUGACAGUUUCAGUCUUUUUAAACAGAUUUACCACCACUGAAACACUGACUGGACAGCGUAGCUCCUACAGGCCACCCCAAGAUUUAUGCAAAUGUCUUAAGUAACACAGAAGUAAUCCAGUCUUAUGGAAUAGCUCGCACCUGUGCAUAGUAAUAUAAAGUAACAAUCAAAUAAUAUAAGUAAUACAUAGCACAAGUCAAAUAGUACAAGCAAAGCAGGAUUUCUUUCUGUAUUUCUGUGUUCUCUAUGUAAUACAUUUUUUUUUUUGGUAAUACAGUAUUUUGCUUGUUGUAAAAAGCAAUAUAAUAUACAAGACCAAAGAUAAUCAGGCUACUGCAGGUAACAGGAAUGCAGAGUUUGAGGAUAGUUAUUUCUAAACAUUUCAAAUAAUUACUGUUUCUGACAGUUAUUGACAGUUUGCAGUUACUGGAGGUGCAAAUUCUGGUGUUAAUGGUAGCAUUAGCAAUACAUACAUUUGCUUCUUUUGGAAUAAGAAUCCAUAUUCCUUUCUAAAACAUAUUUAACAUAUUUACAGACCUUACAUGACUCUCAGUAUAUAGAAACUUUAAUUGUAUUACAAAAAAUCCAAAUAAAAUGCAAAUACGAAAUACAGCAAAAAUGGCAGGUUAUUUAGCAAAUUUCUAGACAACCUUCUUAUUCAAAGAAAAUUUCUUGGUUUGAUGUCAUUUAUUGUGGGUCUCUGGACUGUCAAAGUCCACCUGAAUGCUGCCGUUGCCAACACCAAUAGUUCAGCAAGAAUAUGAGGAGAUGCACACUCGGUUAUAUCUUCCCAGGUGCCCAGAAACAUCUCACAUGUAGCCACCUUUCCUGCAGAGCAGAUGACAUCCACUUUGUCACUUUGAAUCCCUUGACCUUUUAGAAGGGAAGAACAUCACAGUGCAAAACUGUUCUCAGCCAUUUGCAGCCAGUGAUGUUGACCUACCUUGCCCUUACAGGCACGUACUGGUCUCCAGGUUGAAAAAUACCAUCAAGCAAGAGUAGUUUUCACUGACCUGUUCUUGAGCUUCAUCUUCCACUAUUUUGGAGUGGUUUUUUCAGUUUGGUUUGGUUUUUUAUUUUGUCUGAAAGGAAGAGUUGUUUUCUAUGCAUAAUGACCAGCAUUGCUACAUUGGUUUUGGAAGCAUUGGUCAAGCUCCCUUUUGUUUAGUGCAUUUUAGUACAUAUCAAAGCAUACUAAAUCCAUGUCUUUGAAAUGUGUUUCUCCACAGGUCUAAUUUUCAGUAUUCCUGAUCUUCCAGUGCUCAGUAGUUGCCCAGUCAUAAAGAGCUAUAUAAAUGAAUUAUAAAGUUGUAUAAAAUAACUCAGGGAGGAGGACUCUUAUGUAUCCUUUCUUAUAACAUAAAAACAAUGAGAACACUGAAAGAAAAUGUGAGGCACAGAUGCAAAAUAUGAAAAGAAAGAUAAAGAUUUUAAUCAAUGAACACAUUGCCACAACUGAUACAAGUAUCAGGACACCCAAUAUUCAGUAUUGUUCCAUUUGAACCUAUUCCCUUAUGCAGAUAACAAACACUUCCAUAGCUACAUUUUAAAGAAUAAAACUACAGAAGAUUUAGAAACCUACAGCUUUCAGGAGCCAUCCAAUUGCCAGUGGUUUGAGUUCAGCAGAUUAUUUACCCUAUCACCUGCUUAUCUGGUACAAAGUAUUUUCCACUUUGUUCUGAAACAUCUAGAGAUGGCAGCUGAAACCACAUAGACCAUUGCUGUGUUCACUCAAGGUCUCAGAUUCUGUUCUUGAAUGACCAUAGAACAUCUACAGAAUUGGAAACUGUGUUUCAGAUUAUUAACUUCUCUACACUGAUAAAAAUUUCAAAAUCUCCUAAAUGACAUUGGAGUGUAAGUGUAAUUUUCACAAAUACUUAUUUACUUAGAAUUCUAAAAACCUCAUGAAAGACUUGCCGAUAUAGCAAGAGUUCAGUACUCAGGAGAGAGCAGUAAGAAUUUGGCCCAUGGUAGCUAUUCCUCACCAGGUCCUUGUGUUUGCUCUCAAUACACUACAACCUUGUAAAGCAAAGUCUGCAGUUUCACAGGUAGUUUGCACUGGAAGUGCCCACAGAGGAAGUUGAUGCAGUAUAGCUAAUGUAUUCUUUGGUCCUUUGUUGCUCUUUUAGAUUCACUUUCCCAACAGAUGAACCCUUAGACUUCUGAAUUCUUUAGACACUUUAGAGUGUUAUUUGGGUACAGUCUGCUCACUUCUGUUAACUGCAGGGUACAUGCUCUAACCAACUAACCAAAACGGAUAUAAAAAUAAGGCAAAACCAGAUAAUCCUUUUUUAAGAAAUUAAGUUCUCAUCAUUGAAUUAUCAGAACUGAGAAAUGAGAGUUCAGAUCUUGCCUAUUACACACCCUUCCUUUGUCACUUUGGGCAGGCACUUAAUCUCUCAGCUCACAGUCUCCUAACUGGAGGUGAUGGCCCUUUCUUCUCCCUCAUUUUGUCUGUCUUGUCAGUUUAGAUUAUGAGCUCUUGUGAGAUGGAGCCAUUUCUUUCUCUGAGUAAUGCUUGGCACUGUGUAGCUGAAAUUGGGAAUUACAUGUCUAGAUGGUAUUAUAAUCCUAAAUAAUUAAUACUUUUUAUCAUGGGAGGAAACAACAGAAUUCAAUGGAAUUAGUCAAAAUGUAUUUUUUCCUGUCACCAAGAUUGGUACCUGACCUGGUCUGUUGCUGUGCCUUAGGGCCUACUGACAAACUGAAGUGUGCUUUAGCUCUGAAUGCAUGUAAUGCUGUAAUUUGAUGCUGCCAAAAAGCACUAAAAUGUAAAGAAUAAAAUGAUCCAAACA